AUGAAUUACAACGUACACCCUGUUUCAUACUUGAAUGCAGACAAUUACAACACUAACAACGGUGCACCAAGUAGAUCACAACAACAGCAGCCACAACAACAAUAUCAACAACAACAGCAGCAAAUACAACAACAACAGUUACAGCCACACUCUCAGUCACAGCAACCACAACAACCCUAUUUACAAUCACAAUCUGUGUCGAACAUCCCACAACUGUCUCGUGGGAACAGUAUUACCAAGAAAUCACCCUCAACUGAUUUAGAAAUGGAUAAUGUCACUUCUCCAUCUUCGAUAACCUCAUCUCAUUCACCAAGAACUAACCACGGUAAUGCAUCACCUCAUUCUUCAUUCACAUCUCACUCUUUAGCCAACUCGCCGAUGGAUGAUGAUGCCAAGGCUAGACAACCAAUUUCAUCAACCAACAUUAGCAGCAAUAGCCACAAUAAUACUGGUGUAUUGGAUGUAAACCAUGGUGAAGUUGCAGCCGCAGUUGCAGCUGCUGCAUCAACUACCUCAGCUUUGCUGGUUUCAGCCAGCAAUAUCGCAGCUGCCAGCACUUCAGCACCAUCAGUUUUACCCCAACAACCAACACAACUACACCCAAGUUUGAAUCCACUUUACAAUAGCCAUGCCUUCUACCAUCAGCAGCAACAACAGCAACACAAUCAACCAGCACAACAGUUUUAUCCAAAUGGUGGUGUUUAUCAAGAGUUGUCGGGUGAGCACUAUCAUCCAUCAUCAUAUUUGAAUGGUGGCACUACUACCUCCCAGCAAUCGCAACUAGCACCACAACAAAUGAAUGAUGCAAGAAUGAGCUCAACAUUUAAUGCUUAUUCUGCUAAACCACCAAAAAAGACAUAUAAAAAGAUUACAGAAGCUGAUUUACGCGGCCCAUUCAAGUGUUUAUGGGGUGAAUGUAAUAUAAUAUUUGAAUCACCUGAAGCUUUGUAUGAUCAUUUGUGCGAUGAUCAUGUUGGUAGAAAAUCUUCGAAUAAUCUUAGUUUGACUUGUUACUGGGAAAAAUGUGGAACUACAACUGUUAAAAGAGAUCACAUUACUUCACAUUUACGUGUACAUGUGCCAUUAAAACCAUUCCGUUGUGAUUUAUGUCCUAAGGCAUUCAAGAGACCACAAGAUUUGAAGAAGCAUUCUAAAAUCCAUGCUGAUGAUCACCCAAAGAAGUUGAAGAAGGCGCAAAGACAGUUGUUGAAACAACAACAAAAGGAGGCUAAACAACAAAUGAAGUUGAACAAGGGUAAUGGAGACUUGCCUUAUUUUGCCACUAUGGCCAAUGGCCAUGAGGAUGAAUCAAGAAAGAGAAGAUUUGAUAAUAAUUCUCAACACAACAUGUAUGUUGUUAAUAGUAUAUUGAAUGAUUUCAACUUUCAACAAGUUGCACAUAACAAUCCAAAUGGUGGAUACACGCAACAAGGUCAACAGGGGCAACACUCUGAUGCAAAGAGGGUAAAGCCAAAUACGGAGUACAAUAUGGACAUGUUUAACAGGUUGAACCAUUUGGAAGAUCAAUUACACCAUGGACCUCAAGGAAGUGGUCAUUAUCAACAACAGCAACAGCAAGCACAUCCACAUCCAUCGUAUACCCACACGUCUAACAAUAGCAAUAUCUAUGAAGCAGAGAAGUUUUUCAAUUCAUUGUCAAGUUCAAUCGAUAUGCAAUAUCAAAACUUGUCAUCCCAAUAUCAACAACAACAACAACAGCAACAGGGACAUGGCAGUCAGUCAACUAAUAGUAAUAAUAACACCCACAGUGCUCUAGCACACCAACAAUCUCAACCACAGCAAUCACAGCAAUCACAGCAAUCACAGCAACCACAGCAACAACAUUCAACACAUGUAUAUCCUACUUUACCUGUAUUGCCAUCAACAUCAAUCGGAUCUAAGGACCACGGCGUUGCUUCUUCCGGAGCAAUUAAUACUAGUUCCAAUGGAUACAUGUCAUCAUACCCACAAAUCAAUAGACCAAUGGGUUAUAAUUUAUCAUAUGGCCAACAACAGCCACAUGCUAAUGGGUUGGAAUUUAACGGGGUUUCAAUUUAUCAAAAAGCAGGUCAAAAGUCGGACACCAGUGAUGAGGAAGACAAAGAAGAAGAGGAGGACUAUGAUGAUGGUUCAAGUGAAGUUUCCUCUGAGGAUUAUUCCGAAGAGGAGAUUGAUUCAUUGUUUGAUAAAUUGAAUUUGAAUGGAGGAGAAGCAAGAGAGGUAGAAGAAGAAGAAGAAGAAGAAGAAACAGAAGUUAUCGUUGACGGUUACAACCUCAAAGAAGUUGCUAGACACAGAGCUUUGAUUCAUCAUGUUGUUGAAGUGUUGAAACAACAAAUUAAGGCUCAACAACAAGAAGAAAAGAAGCAAGAAGAUGAUGAAAUCAAACGUGAUUCAAUUUAUGGUGAAAAGAAGUUGUAUCCAACCAUUACUGCUUUUUAA